GCCAGGAAGCAUCAGGCUGAGGCUAGGCUAGGCUAACUAAAAACGUUAGCCCUGCUUGAGGAUAUCAUGCGGAAAAUUGUGUUUGUUUUUUUGUGUUUGGCUUACACAUUUAAUAUUUGUUCUACUACAGAUGUAUACACAAAUAAUUGGGCUGUUCAGCUGGCGAGGUCAACUGGUUCUGUCGACAGGAUUGCGAGAAAAUAUGGAUUUACCAAUUUGGGAAAGCGGUGAUAACUACUGUUGUUUUAUUAUUUAGAUAUUUCAGGACAGCAACUACUAUCACAUGAAGCAAAGAGCAGUGACAAAACAAUCCUUUCAAGCGCACCUGCACAAUGUUCGACUAAGAAAAGAUCCAAUGAUUCUGUGGUUUGCACAGCAGUCUGGAAAACCAAGGAAGAAAAGAGAAUUUGUACCUCCUACUGAUCCUUUAUUCCCUCAGCAGUGGCAUCUGAGUGAAUCAUUUGGGCACAACAUUGUGGCGGCUUGGUCUCGUGGCUACACUGGAAAAGGGGUGGUUGUGUCUGUGCUGGAUGAUGGGUUGGAGACAAACCACCCUGAUCUCGCAGCGAAUUAUGAUCCGGAGGCUAGUUAUGAUAUGAAUGACAUAGAUCCUCAUCCAGAUCCACGGUUUGGACCUUACAAUAAGAACAGUCAUGGAACAAGAUGCGCAGGGCAGAUCGCAUCCGUGGCAAACAACAGUGUGUGUGGUGUCGGUGUAGCAUAUCAUGCUAAAAUUGGAGCUAUACGGAUGUUGGACGGCCACGUGACUGACCUGGUGGAGGCCAAGUCUCUCAUCUUCAACCAGCAGCACAUAGACAUCUACAGCGCCAGCUGGGGUCCCCCAGACACCGGCUCCCUGGUGGAAGGGCCCGGCUUUCUUUCUCAGGAGGCCCUUGUCAGGGGUGUCAGAGAGGGCCGUGGCGGCCUGGGCUCCAUCUUCGUCUGGGCCUCUGGGAACGGCGGCGCUAGCGGGGACGACUGCAACUGCGACGGCUACGCCAACAGCAUCUACACCCUAGCCAUCAGCAGCACCACAGACAGGGGAGCCGUGCCCAGAUACAGCGAGCCCUGCGCCGCCGCGCUCACCACAACCUACAGCGGCACGCCAUUCAAGCAUAGGAAGAUUGUGACCACAGACGUGCAUGGCUCCUGUACGUAUGAUCACACUGGGACCUCGGCCUCAGCACCCCUGGCUGCAGGCAUCAUCGCUCUGGCCUUACAAGCAAAUCCUACACUUACUUGGCGUGACGUGCAGCACUUGGUUGUGCGUGCGUCUAGACGCUCCAACUUGAAGGCAGAUGACUGGACCACGAAUGGAGUAGGAAGAUAUGUCAGCCAUUACUACGGCUAUGGGCUCCUGAAUGCUGCAAAGAUGGUGGGUCUGGCCAAGAAAUGGAGAGCGGUGAAGCCGCAGAGGAUAUGCCAGCACGAGAUCAUCAGGAAUCAAGCCCACCUCAUCAAGCGUGAUCUCAGCAUCAGCUGGAACGAGACGGCGUGCAGGUGGGGCAGCAACCGCAUCAGGUCCCUGGAGCACGUUCAGGCGCAGCUCACCCUGACGCACAUGCGCAGAGGAGACCUCACCGUCACGCUCACCUCGCCCUCCGGGACGCGCUCCAACCUGCUCAACAGGAGGCCUUUCGAUCGAUCCGGCAGCCGGCUCUCCGGUUGGAAGUUCAUGAGCAGCAGAUGCUGGGACGAGGAUCCCACUGGAGUCUGGACUCUGGAAAUACGAAAUGUGGGCCAUCGCCACAACCUCGGGAUGCUGACACAUCUGCGCAUAAACCUCUACGGUACGGAUGAGCACGUGAUUGGGCGGCGUGUGGAACGGACCCUGAUUCACCAGUGCAGCGAGAGGAAUCUGGACGGGAGCUGCAAAGAGUGCCCCUACCCUCUGUACACGUAUGAGAGCAUCUGCGUGGUGGCCUGCCCCCCCCGCUUCUAUGAGUCGGAUGGCAACAGCAGCACCCCCCUGCAGCGCCGCUGCCUCCCCUGCCACCGCACCUGCGAGACCUGCCAAGGCCCCCAGCGCACCCACUGCAUGGAAUGCCCCGUCCACUCCACCUUGGACCACACGACGGGCUCGUGCAGCACGCCCCGCUACGCCUGGGACGCGCGGCGGGGGCUGCAGGACAGCAUGGACCGCACCGUGGCCGUGCUGGGCAUCAUGCUCGGGGCGCCCAUCGCCGUGCUGUGUGCCAUGUGGCUGGUGGCCCUGCUGGUGAGCCGGGUGCUGACCCCGCGCCUCAGCCAGGUGACCACCAGGGUGCCCCGUUACCAGGACAACAGCGUCGUGGGCAGCAGCGUCAGCCUCAGCAGCAUCAGGAGCAACAGCCGAGCAUCGGACGUGGUGGAGAUGGUGGUGAUGAGUGUGGUGGUUAACCAGAGCCAGGAUGAAGAGCGUUCCGAUGAGAAUGAAGAGCGUUCCGAUGAGAAUGAAGAGCGUUCCGAUGAGAACGCAACAUCAAAACAAGAAAUGUUACUCUCUACUCUACUAAACGACAGUGGGUCAGAGACUGAGAGCAGUGAGAGUGGUGAGAGCAGACAGCAAACGUGACUUUAUCCCAGCCUGUCUGUGUUUUUUUUACUUGCCUAUUAAAAACAUUUUUUUUUGGUAUUUUAA